AUGGCUGACAAACAAACCAUGAAAGCCGUCGUCUUUGACGGUCUGCGGAAAGUUUCCGUCCAGGAUCGCCCAAUUCCAAAGGUGCGAAAUGGUCACGAAAUUGUCGUGAAAGUUACGGCAACCGCACUAUGUGGCUCCGACCUUCAUGUCUAUCGUGGCUUAGAGCCUUCUCAGCCAGGGUAUGUGAUGGGACAUGAGUUCACUGGUAUUGUUGUCGAAGCGGGCGAGGAUAUCAAAAAUAUCCGACUUGGUGACCAGGUUGUUGUCCCAUUCACUAUUUCUUGCAUGGAGUGCUUUUACUGUAGACACGGGUGGACCUCACGAUGUGAAUCCUCCCUUCUUCUUGGAAGCCCCAAUCUAGACGGUGCUCAGGCGGAAUACGUCCGUGUGCCACAUGCCGACGGCACAGCGAUAAAAGCCCCAAGCGGUGUCCCCAAGGAGACACUCGUCCUCAUGGCUGACAUCUUCCCAACUGGUUUCUUCGGUGCAAAGAAUGCGUUCAAGCUGAUGGACCAGAUCGACCCCAAGGAAGCGACGGUCGUGGUCAUGGGUUGCGGGCCAGUCGGUCUCUGCGCCAUCAUCUGUGCCCUUGAAUAUAAGCCGAAGCAGAUUAUUGCCAUUGAUGGCGUUGACAGCCGUUUAGAAAUCGCCAAAUCUCUUGGUGCCAUACCUCUCAACUACACGAAGGAAGGCAUCAACUUGUCACAAUUCGUUUUAGAAGCAACCGAGGGCAGGGGGGCAGACGCAGUCAUUGAAGUGGUGGGUGCGAAGCAAGCUCUCAGGACUGCAUACGAUAUCAUUCGGCCUUGGGGCGUAAUCAGCAGUAUCGGAGUUCAUAACUCAGAGGUAGGCGAUGAAAACUCCCACCACCUGCCAUUAAGGCAUACUGACACCUUUUCACACAGGUUCCUUGGACCGCGACGGAAGCAUAUGAGUGAUGCCACGACUCCUACAUUUACUAACGAAACGGGUUUCAGCAAAAACCUGAGAGUGCAAAUGGGCAGAUGCCCUGUCCGUGCAGUGUUCCCAGAAGCUCUCGAGGUCUUAGCCAAGAACCACCAGAAGCUCAGCUUUAUGUUUGACAAGCUCAUGCCUUUGACACAGGCUGUUGAAGCAUACGAUCUCUUCGACAAGAUGCAGGUCCAGAAGGUCAUUUUUAAGCCAAAUGAGUGA